UUUGAGAAAAAUAAGGCUUUGUGGUAUAUUUUUAAUCCUAAUGGUUAUAUCCUGUUGUAAGGAGUUUUCUGAUUGUCAUUUCAGCAAUGAAGUCUUACACUCCAUAUUUCAUGCUCCUGUGGAGUGCUGUUGGGAUAGCGAAGGCUGCCAAAAUCAUCAUCGUGCCGCCAAUUAUGUUUGAAAGCCAUAUGUACAUUUUCAAGACACUAGCCUCGGCUUUGCAUGAGAGAGGCCAUCAUACAGUGUUCCUUCUAUCUGAAGGUAGAGACAUCGCUCCAUCUAACCAUUACAGCCUCCAGCGCUACCCGGGGAUCUUUAACAGUACCACUUCGGAUGCUUUCCUGCAGUCUAAAAUGAGAAAUAUUUUCUCUGGGAGAUUGACAGCAGUCGAACUGUUUGACAUACUGGAUCACUAUACUAAAAACUGUGAUAUGAUGGUUGGCAACAGCGCCCUGAUUCAGGGUCUGAAAAAGGAGAAGUUUGAUCUGCUGCUGGUGGACCCCAAUGACAUGUGUGGCUUUGUGAUAGCUCAUCUUCUAGGGGUUAAAUAUGCUGUAUUUUCAACUGGCCUCUGGUAUCCUGCUGAAGUAGGUGCUCCUGCUCCGUUAGCUUAUGUUCCAGAGUUUAAUUCACUCCUCACAGACCACAUGAACUUGCUUCAGAGGAUGAAAAACACCGGCGUUUACCUCAUUUCCAGACUAGGAGUCAGCUUUCUGGUUCUUCCCAAAUAUGAAAAGAUAAUGCAGAAGUACAACCUGCUGCCAGAGAAGUCCAUGUAUGAUUUGGUUCAUGGGUCGAGCCUGUGGAUGCUGUGUACUGACGUAGCACUGGAAUUUCCAAGACCUACCCUGCCUAAUGUUGUUUAUGUAGGAGGAAUCCUAACCAAACCGGCCAGCCCACUACCAGAAGAUCUGCAGAGGUGGGUAAAUGGUGCUAAUGAGCAUGGCUUUGUGCUUGUGUCUUUCGGAGCCGGCGUCAAGUAUCUUUCAGAGGACAUUGCUAACAAAUUGGCAGGAGCUCUGGCCAGAUUGCCUCAAAAAGUGAUUUGGAGGUUUUCUGGAACCAAACCAAAGAAUCUGGGAAACAACACUAAGCUCAUAGAGUGGUUACCGCAGAAUGACCUGCUUGGGCACUCAAAUAUUAAAGCCUUCCUGAGCCAUGGUGGUUUGAACAGUAUUUUUGAAACUAUGUAUCAUGGCGUACCUGUAGUGGGAAUCCCACUCUUUGGGGACCAUUAUGACACCAUGACCAGGGUACAAGCAAAAGGCAUGGGGAUAUUGCUAGAAUGGAAGACAGUUACUGAAGGAGAGCUUUAUGAAGCACUGAUUAAAGUUAUUAAUAAUCCCAGCUACCGGCAGAGGGCUCAGAAGUUGUCAGAAAUUCACAAGGAUCAACCUGGUCACCCUGUCAAUCGGACUAUCUAUUGGAUCGAUUACAUUCUUCGUCACAAUGGAGCCCAUCACCUACGUGCCGCUGUUCAUCAAAUCUCGUUCUGUCAAUAUUUUUUAUUGGAUAUUGCCUUUGUGCUGUUGCUUGGUGCUGCCUUGUUUUACUUCCUCUUGUCCUGGGUGACAAAAUUUAUUUACAGAAAAAUCAAAAGUCUGUGGUCUAUAAAUAAGCAUAGCACAGUUAAUGGACACUACCACAAUGGAAUCCUCAAUGGCAAGUACAAAAGAAAUGGCCAUAUUAAACACGAAAAAAAGGUAAAAUGAACCAACAGUUCAGGUGAUAUUAACAAAUCUGUUCACUCAUUGGAUUUUUAUCACUAUAAUUUAGUCUAAUAAUUACUAAAGUAUGUCAACAAAGAAUUCUAACACUCUCUUAUCAGAUCUUACUAAUGAUGUGGAAUUAAGCUGGCUGUAAAAAGCACAAGCCUAAAAUGCAAAAAUGUCUUUCUCCAAGUACUGAUGUAGAGAGUUGUGGCACUGAAACUUUUAGAAGCCUUAAUUAUUUAAAUCAAUUAAGUGACCGUAUCAGACCAUAGUUUCAAGUCUUGAUAUGUGUGUGUCCCAG